UGUUUACGAUUCAGAUCGAAAUUGGCGCGCCCCUUUUUCGUCUUCCCAUUUCUCUUUCCAACAGCUGCACUCGUUGCCACGCCACGCCUCGUCCCCCUUCGAUUCCGAUUCUGAUCUCCCUCGACGAAAAAUUCCGAUUCACACAAUCCCAAUCAGAUGUCAAUGCGGAGGAGAACGUUGCUCAAAGUGAUCGUCCUCGGCGACAGCGGGGUGGGUAAAACCUCGUUGAUGAAUCAAUAUGUGCACAAGAAGUUUAGUCAGCAGUACAAAGCUACAAUUGGGGCUGAUUUUGUUACCAAAGAAUUGCAAAUAGACGAUCGUCUUGUGACUCUUCAAAUUUGGGACACUGCUGGACAGGAGAGAUUUCAAAGUCUUGGGGUUGCAUUUUAUCGAGGGGCUGAUUGCUGUGUUUUGGUCUACGACGUGAAUGUGAUGAGAUCUUUUGACACCCUUGACAACUGGCACGAAGAAUUUCUCAAGCAGGCUAACCCGCCCGACCCAAAGACAUUUCCAUUUGUAUUACUAGGCAACAAGAUUGAUAUAGAUGGUGGCAAUAGCCGCGUGGUUUCUGAGAAGAAAGCAAAAGAAUGGUGUGCGUCAAAAGGUAACAUACCGUACUUUGAGACUUCAGCAAAAGAGGAUUACAAUGUUGAUCCUGCGUUCGUAUGUGUUGCCAAGGCUGCUUUAGCCAAUGAGCACGACCAGGACAUAUACUUCCAGGGCAUGCCAGAGGCUGUAUCAGAAACAGAACAACAAGGAGGCUGCGCAUGCUGAUUUGAACUUGUAUGGCCGUUGCUGUUUGCUUUCGUUUUGGGUAUUCAUUCCUUUUAAGCUGUUGCGGUUAGCCAGCCAUUCUUUUUGUAUUCUCCUGUAUACUAAGUUAUUGAGAUUCAGUCGGGAUUUCAUUGCAUUCGGUGUUUGUGAAUGGUUACGGCAAUGGUAGUUUGAUCUCUAUAUCGUUGUAAUUGUUGAGAUUUGGUGGAAGCUAUUGUUUUCUUUGUUACAGUGCUCAAAAUGCAUAAUCUGCAGAUGAACUGACUGAGUGGUGUAAGGAAUGAAACACGGCCGUGUUUGUUUGUCGGCUCCCGUGUUCUGCACUUGCAUUUCUUAAGUUUCUCAUCAUUCUUGAAUGUAGUUUGGUUAAAUUUGAAGGGAUGUUUGAUGUUGAAUAUUCA